GUUUACUUUGAUCCUUUUACUUUUAUGAUCAAAGAUUGUGGUAAUUUAGUAAUCCAUUAACUGGAAGGAGGGUAAGCCAUUUACAUGACAUGAGGGAUGGUCUGUUUUGUUUUCUACAACUCUCGUUCAACUCUGACCAAUCACAGCAAAGUGGGUUAAAUUCGCGCGUGCGCUUUUGAUACAUUGUGUUUUUGUUGAUAUCCUGAUAUUAUUAGGCUCCGAGUUUAGCUUUCUGAAGCUAAUAAACCUCCCCUUCUUUGGGGGGUUUUACUGUUAUAGCCAAUUGAGACAAUAAUAAAAUACCAUAGCUAGCUAUAUGAAGGGCUGAUGGAGAACACAAGGAAUUUGGCUGAGCGCACCCCGCGUUCGGAGCGUAAGCGUCAGGACUCUUUCGGUAUGUUUGAUGGGUAUGACAGCUGCAGUGAGGAGAGCACCAGUAGCUCCAGCUCAGAGGACAGUGAGGAUGAGGUGCCAUCCAUCCCUGCCAGCCUGCCCAUCAUCAAGAACAAUGGACAGGUUUACACCUAUCCCGACGGCAAGGCCGGCAUGGCCACCUGUGAGAUGUGUGGGAUGGUUGGAGUGCGAGACGCCUUCUACUCCAAAACAAAACGCUUCUGCAGCGUCUCCUGCUCUAGAAGUUAUUCCUCCAACUCUAAAAAAGCCAGUAUAAUGGCUAGACUCCAGGGUAAACCACCUACGAAAAAGGCCAAGGUCUUACAGAAACAGCCUCUCAUGGCGAAGUUGGCAGCUUACGCCCAGUACCAAGCAAGUCAACAACAACAAAACCUGGCUAAAUCAAAAGCAGUAGUUCCUGUUGAGUGCUUUGACUGGGGAAGAUACAUCUGUAGCAAUAACCUGGUUGGAGCACCAGUCAGCUGCUUCAAGCACGUCCCUAUGGGUACGUGCUGGGGAGACCUAGCUGAAGGAGUGAGGGUGGAGGUGCUCAACUCCGAUACUAACCUCUCUACUAAAGUCUACUGGAUAGCAGGGAUCGUCAAACUUGCAGGGUUCAAGGCUCUGCUGCGGUAUGAGGGUUUUGACAACGACACCAUCAGGGACUUCUGGUGUAACCUCUGUGUUCCAGAGAUCCACCCCGUGGGGUGGUGCGCCUCCAGUGGGAAACCCCUCGUACCUCCCAAAUCGAUACAGAAUAAGUACUCUAACUGGAAAGCUUUUCUUGUGAAGCGACUCACUGGAGCCAAGACACUGCCACCGGACUUUGCUGCAAAGGUUCAUGAGAACAUGCAGUUCCCUUUUAAGAAGCUGAUGCGAGUGGAGGUGGUGGAUAAGACGCACCUGUGCCGAACUCGGGUGGCUCUGGUGGAGCAGGUGAUCGGGGGAAGGCUGAGGCUCGUCUACGAGGAGAGCGCCGACGACUUCUGGUGUCACAUGUACUCCCCGCUCAUACACGCCAUCGGAUGGUCCCGGAGCAUCGGACACCGCUUCAAACGAUCCGAUGUGUCAAAGAAAAUCGAUGGUCAGAUGGACGCCCCCGCCCCGCUGUUUGCCAAGGUGAAGGAUGUGGACCAGAGUGGUGAAUGGUUCAAGGACGGGAUGAAACUAGAGGCCAUCGACCCUCUAAACCUCUCAGCUAUAUGUGUAGCCACUGUAAGAAAGGUGUUGGCAGACGGGUACCUCAUGAUCGCCAUCGAUGGGUCGGAGGCAGCUGAUGGCUCAGACUGGUUUUGCUACCACUCCACUUCUCCCUCCAUCUUCCCUGCUGGCUUCUGUGGAAUCAACAACAUUGAACUCACGCCCCCUAGAGGGUACACUAAACUGCCAUUUAAAUGGUUUGACUACCUCAGAGAAGCGAGUUCAAUAGCCGCUCCUGUGAAGCUCUUUAACAAGGAUGUUCCAAACCACGGGUUCCGCCAGGGCAUGAAGCUGGAGGCCGUGGACCUGAUGGAUCCCAGGCUGGUGUGUGUUGCCACAGUGACUCGGAUCGUCCACCGCCUGUUGCGCAUCCACUUUGACGGCUGGGAGGAUGAGUAUGACCAAUGGGUGGACUGCCAAUCACCUGACCUCUACCCUGUGGGCUGGUGUCAGCUGACCGGCUACCAGCUACAGCCCCCCGCCGCACAGAUGGCCAGAGAAAUCCCACCUGCUGUACCUAAGCAGAAGAAGAAAGCUCAACAGUACAAAGGCCAAAAGAAAAAGCGGAAGAUUCCGGUUGGUCGACGGCCCUUCAGUCAGGCAGGCAGGAGGAGGAGCCUAUCAGGGGAGGAGGAAGAGCAGAGUCCGCCCCCUUACUCCAGCCAGGGCCCCACUAUGGUCCCCCGGCCCCGCACCCACCACCACCACCACACCCACAAACCAGAGUCUCUGUUGCGUCUGAAGGAGGAGCCGGCUGAGGUGGAUGAGUUCACCUUCUCCCAGGGCAUCUCAGAUCAGGAGAGCAACGGCUCGGGCAGCUACUACAUCAAACAGGAGCCCUGAUGAUCCGGGGGACAGGGGCCUCGGGCUAGGCCUGGGAGGCCAGGGGGAAGCCGGGUAGGACAGGCCAAUGGGAACUUCCUACAUCCCCCCCCAACUAGGAUAAGACAUCUUUAAACCAAGACGAGAACAACAGGGCAGGGAGCAUGGAGUGCUCU